AGAUAGCCCCCUAAAUUAAAAAUUUUGUGUUUACUUUGGAUAAACCGAUAAAAAAUGGAAAACGAAAGCUUCUUUGUCAAUAAAAAAUUUCAUCUUCUUCUGGGUAUAACUGGUAGUGUCGCUGCAAUCAAGACUACAAUUCUUUUAGAUUCAGUUACUCAAGCUUUUCCUCGUUGCAAGGUGCGAGUCGUGAUUACCGAAAAUUCCAAACCUUUCAUUGAUUAUGAGACUUUAAAAUCUCGGGUUAAAGUUCAUGAAGAUAUGGAUGAGUGGCAGAAGUGGAAAAAACUUGGGGAUACAGUUCUUCACAUUAAAUUACGAAGUUGGGCAGACAUCCUUGUCGUAGCCCCCCUCGACGCCACCACAUUAGCCAAACUGGCCAAUGGGCUGUGCGACAAUCUUCUAAGCUGCAUUGCCCGAGCGUGGGAUUUCAAGAAGCCUUUCUUGUACGCUCCCGCCAUGAAUACUUUUAUGUGGGAGCAUCCAAUCACCGUUAAGCAUACCACCAUUUUGGAAUCUUUCGGUUAUAAGCAAAUCUCGCCCGUUACUAAAAAGUUGGCUUGCAGCGAAACAGGACUGGGCGCCAUGGCGGAAGUCUCUACGAUCAUAUCUGAAAUUAAAGAAGUUUUACUUAAAAAAAACUUAGUAAAUUUCGAUCUUAAUUAUUGCUAA